CUUACCAACCGUUUGUUGCAAAGGGUGUGCUUUAAAGUGCUUCAAACUCAAGCAACCCACAAAAUGAAGCACUUGACAAUGUCCCUAACAUAAUUUACAACACUAGCAGUUUUCAAUUCCUUCAACAAAGCCAUGUCAAUGCUUUCUUUCAAGCCUUUCCUUGAUCGUCGGGUCCAAUCGUUCUUCCCAAUUGUAUUGUAUUCAACUCUGAUCUUAGGAGCUGCAAGGUUAGUCCUAGAUAGUUUGAAGAGCAGCAAUAGCCCUGUUUUCAAGCUCUAUGGCAUGUCACAUGGUGGAAGGAAUAGAUUACCAGUUGUAGUGUUGCCAGAGGAUCGCAUUGAGGAAGAUUGCAAUGUGUUUGAAGGGACAUGGGUGUGGGACAAUGUGUCCUAUCCUCUUUAUGAAGAAGAGAGUUGCCCUUACUUGGUCAAGCAGACUACUUGUAAGAAGAAUGGAAGGCCUGAUUCUUACUAUAGGAAUUGGAGGUGGCAGCCUCAUGGAUGCAACCUUCCAAGAUUUGACCCUUUGAAGUUGCUGCACGUGUUGAGGAACAAACGGAUGAUGUUCAUUGGAGACUCAUUACAAAGAGGCCAAUUUGAGUCUAUGGUCUGUUUGGUACAAUCUGUAAUUCCUGAAGGAAAGAAAUCCCUCAAAAGAAUUCCACCUAUGAAAAUCUUCAAAGCUGAGGAGUUCAAUGCAUCAAUUGAAUACUACUGGGCUCCAUUCAUCGUAGAAUCCAUUUCAGAUCAUGCAACAAAUCAUACAGUACAUAAACGAAUGGUGAGCCUGGACUCCAUUGCUAACCAUGGAAAACAUUGGCAAGGAGUGGACAUUUUGGUGUUCGAAAGUUAUGUUUGGUGGAUGCACAAGCCUUUCAUCAAUGCUACAUAUGGAUCGCCACACCAUGUCAAAGAAUAUAAUGUCACCACAGCAUACAGAUUGGCUUUGGAUACAUGGGCAAAUUGGUUAGAAUCAAACAUCAAACCACUUACUCAGAAGGUCUUUUUCAUGAGUAUGUCUCCAACACAUCUGUGGAGCUGGGAAUGGAAGCCAGGAAGUGAUGAAAAUUGCUUCAAUGAGUCAUACCCUAUUCAAGGUCCAUAUUGGGGCACAGGCUCAAAUCUUGAGAUAAUGAAGAUACUAAAUGAUGUGCUACAAGAACUGAAAAUAGAUGUCACCUUGCUGAACAUAACCCAACUAUCAGAGUACAGACAAGAUGCUCACACAUCAGUUUAUGGGGAGAGAAAAGGCAAGCUCUUGACAAAAGAACAGAGAGCCAAUCCAAAGUCCUUUGCUGAUUGCAUUCAUUGGUGCUUACCUGGAGUCCCUGAUGCAUGGAAUGAAAUCCUAUAUGCAUAUCUUUUUAAGAAUUAUAAAAACCUCUCUUGACAUGACAGAAAGCACAAGCAUCUCUCAGAUGGUGGGCACAUUCACAAUUUUUCAUCAGUUCAAUCCAUUCUAUUUUAGUAUUUACAAAAUUCAGCACUUUUUGAAACUCUGACAAAUAGAUUAACCAAGAGUCUAGUUGGAGUCCGACCAAAGAGCAUUUAUUGAAGUUUAUCUAGUAGGAAAAGCACAACAUAAACUCCAAUAAGUGCUCAUUGGUCAGCAUACAAUCAUUGAUCUGCAUACAAACGGGUUCUAACUUGUAAGAAAUA